CGAGAGAGAGAGAGAGAGAAGAGCCCAGAGCGUCCCCUUCGCUGGCCCCGGGGCAGACAGCCCCCUUGUGCCGCGCGGCCGGGCCCGGCCCCCCCUCUCGGGGUCCCCCUGGGGCGUCCGGGGCAAAGCCCGGUGCCCGCCAGUUUGCCCUCAAGCAGGCUGAUGCCUUUUGCUGCCUGCCCCGGCGGCCGGCUCUCGGCCCGCGGGAGCUGGUGACAGCCGGGUCCCUGAGGUGGUCUCUUUUUAAGCAUCUUUUUUGCUCUGCCCAUGACCGAGGCAGCUCUGUAGCCAGCUCGGUGGCUGGUGUGACGGUGCCGGGUCUGGGCUGCCACGUCCCACGGUGAUGCCGGUGCUGUCUCCUUUCCCGCAGGCGGCGCAGGGCAGGACGCUUCCAGCCCCCGGCUGGGCUGAGACCUCGGGCGGACACAGUACCUGCGUAGCUGGAGCCAGCGCCGGCCGCCUGUUCCCAGCACUCCUGUGAGGAUGGAGGAGCAGCAGGACGCAGCAGGCCCCAGGCCCAGGGCAGAGAAAGCCCCUCUUGUCAUCCAGGCCAGGGCCGGCCAGGAGAGCCUGAGAGGGGCUGGGCCGCAGCAGAUCAAGCAGGAGCCGCAGGAGGAGCUGGUCGAGUGUGCGGAGGUGGCGCAAGUGGAGGCCGGGCCAGCCCCAGGGACCCCACGGCAGCUGGAGCCAGUGCCAGGGGACGACCUCCCGGUCCUGGAGAUGCGGCGACAGCGCUUCAGAGGCUUCUGCUACCAGGAGGCCGAGGGGCCGCGGGAGGUCUGCAUCCGCCUGCAGGAGCUGUGCCGGCGCUGGCUGGAGCCCCAGCGCCGCAGCAAGGAGCAGAUCCUGGAGCUGCUGGUGCUGGAGCAGUUCCUGGCGGUCCUGCCCCAGGAGAUGCAGAGCUGGGAGUGGGGGCCUGGUGUGGAGACCUGCGCCGAGGCCGUGGCCCUGGCCGAGGGCCUUUGGCUGGAGCAGCCGGAGGACGAGAAGCUGCAGGUCACGGUGUGCGUGAAGGUUGAGGAGGUGACCUCGGACAAGGGGGCCCCUGCGGGGGACUUGUGGGAACCUCUGGACUCCUGGGUGGAGCAGCCGCAGGAGGAGGAAGGACGGGGAGAAAGCCCUGGGCCCCAGGAGAAGCCGUCACGUGUCCCCAAAGAGGAGCCCACACCCCACGAGGAGUCAGAUUCCCCCGACGUGGAGGAGACCUGGGGCACAGUGGAGGUGGAGAGCUCCUUAGGCUGGUUCCCCCGACGAGGCCGUUUCCCCGGAACAGCAGGCACAGGGACCCAAGGUAGAACAGAGCAGCAGACUCCUGAUGAAGGACCUGCCCACCUGGCACUGACAGGGACAUCCCUGGGAAGCCACCUGCACAAAAGACAAGCCAGGCCCCCCAGGCAGAGGGAGACCAUGGCAGCGCACGACGUCGCAGCUCCACUUGGACUGAGCCUGGGCUGCGGGGAAAAGUCCGUGGAGCCAAGAGACCCGAAUGAGGGCAAGCUUCCUGUGAGCAGAGAAGGCCCAGGAGGGCAGCAGGAGCCGGGAGCCCAGGGCAGGGGGAGACAGCAUGGCUGCCCCACCUGUGGGAAGCUCUUUGAGUGCCCGGCACACCUGGCCCUGCACGAGCGUGUGCACACAGGCGAGAAGCCUCACGCCUGCCCCCUGUGUGGCCGGAGCUUCGCCCGUCCCGGCAACCUGGCCGCCCACUUCAAGACACACUCAGGCGAGAGGCCACACCGGUGUCCUGACUGCGGCAAGGGCUUUGCCCGCCCUGACAACCUGGCCACGCACCGCCGCACCCACACUGGGGAGAAACCCCACGGCUGUGGCCAGUGUGGCCAGCACUUCGCCAGCCUCUCCCACCUGGCUAAGCACCGGCGCCAGCAUGCAGGGGACAAGCCACACCGCUGCACCCACUGCGCCAAGGCCUUCCUGUUCCCCUCAGACCUGGCUGCCCACCAGCGCGUGCACGUGCGGGGGGGACCACCGCUGCACCGCUGCGCCCAGUGUGGGAAGGCCUUCAGCCACCCUGUCAAUUUGGCCCGGCACCAGCGCAGCCAUGAGGGGGACAAACCACACCGCUGUGCCCUCUGUGGCAAAGGCUUUGCCCACCCCUCGCUGCUGGCGCGGCACCGACCCGUGCACACCGGGGAGAGGCCACACACCUGCGCCCAGUGCGGCAAGGGCUUUGUGUCCCGCUCCGACCUGGCUCGGCACUGCCAUGUGCACACGGGUGAGAGGCCACACACAUGUGCCCACUGCGGCAAGGGCUUCGUGCAGCAUGCCCACCUUGUCCGCCACCGGCGCCUCCACAUGCCACCACUGCCAUCACCACUGCUGUAGAUUCAUAAAUUAUAGAGUCGGAAGGGACCCAAUCGGUCAUCAUGUCCGACCCCCUGCCCCUGGCAGGAAAGAGGGCCGAGGUCAGACGACCCC